AUGUCUUUGUGCUCUGAGCACCAAGUGCUUCCAUACGUUAUCCAACAAAGACGGGACGCCAAACUCCCUCCAAUCCGCAAACGCAUCAUCAUCUGCUGUGAUGGAACAUGGCAGUCCGCCGUCUCAGGGAAGAAAAACGUCCCAUCGAACGUGACGCGUCUCUGCCGCGCAGUGAACAGUGUCGGAACUGACGAAAAGGGCAACCAGUGGCAGCAAAUAGUCUGGUACGACUCCGGAAUUGGUACGACCUCUCUUGCGCUGGGAAAGAAGAUCGAGGGCGCCAUCGGAGAGGGUGUGGAAGGCAACAUUGUCGAAGCUUACAAUUUCUGCGUUCUGAACUACAGUCCCGGGGACCAGAUUAUGUGCUUUGGGUUCUCGAGAGGCGCCUUUACGGCCCGUGCGAUUGCUGGGUUGAUCUCUGAUAUUGGUAUCUGUGGUAAACAUGAUUUGAAUAAAUUUCCCGAUCUUUGGGAGGUUUAUAAAAAGAAUGAGCCCGGGAAGAGGUUUUAUUGCAGUGAUCUUUGGUUUGAGUGGAUGGAAGGGAAGGCUGAUGAGAAUCAGGGUGCGAAGGGUGACGAAUUCAUUUUUGAGAAGCGUGCUCAAGGUGAUUGGGCCCAGGAGGGGUCUAGAAAUAUUGAGGUUGUUGGAGUUUAUGAUACUGUUGGUAGCAUUGGAAUACCGGAGGUUUUGGGCGUGAAGCUCCCAUCAUGGCUUCUGUGGUGGUCUGAUAAAGGUAGCUGGGAGAAUGUUGAUCUUUCAGCCAAUGUGCGACAUGCAUUCCAAGCUUUAGGUCUCGACGAACACCGCAAUGCAUUUACACCCACACUGUGGUAUUUGCCCAAAUUCGGAAAUGUCACCUCAGAGCAGAUAGAAGCUCAAAAGUCGGCAGUCGAGAAGAAAGCCCAAGAGUGGGAAGAACUCCUACAAAAUGCAAUCAAGCUCAAGGAGAGCCGCAAGGCCAGUGACGAGGAUAUCAACGGUGCAGCUCGACACCUCAACAUGACUGCGAGAGCCUUGAACGAGGAGAGUCGAAAAUUAACUAAAUUGGAAGACGACCGGAGACACCAAGUCCACCCUCGCACAUUGAGGCAAGUGUGGUUCCCCGGAUAUCACAUCAACAUUGGUGGAGGCUCGGACGACACACUUCACAAUGAGGGCGACAUGGAAGAAAUGUCCUCUAUCACCUUUGCCUGGAUGCUUGACCAGAUCAAGCCAUAUCUCUCGCUCAACGAAGAAUACCUCGGCAAGGAAAGAGCAGAUAUGGAAUUCCACAUCUCAACACUUGUUGAAAAGCCACAACUCAGGGAAUCCCUGUUGGUGCAGGCUCAACGCACAGCGGCAGUCUUCAAACGUUCCUCCCUUGCGACCGUCGAAUCCGGCGACAAGCAGCGCAGCUAUGGCUGGGGAACGGGUGUUCUGAAAGACAGCUUCACACCAUUUUAUUACCUCAACGGAUCGAAGAAACGCACACCAGGAAGCUAUGAUCCAUUAGACAAAGAUGGCCAGCCGCUUGGUGAUACCUUCGAAUAUGUCCACCCGGUGGUAGGGUUCAGAGAAAAGCAGCUGCCAGAGUACACGCCUAUUGGCCAUGGAGUCAAAUUCAACCGACGGAAAAUUGUCGACGAAAAAGGCCGUCCUUCUGUUGUGUAUGAUCUGGGUAAUGCACGCAAGCCCUUACCUGAGUGGCCCUUGGGAGGGUUGGACUCCUAUGAGAGGUUGGCCAUCACCGGUAAGGCUGCGUAUGAUUAUGUCGAUGAGCUGGAUGUAUAUUUAAGGACGGGAAUUAAGACGCCCCGUCGGUCUGUUUGGGGUAUUCCAGAUAUUGAUAUCGGAGUUGAAUCGGCAAAGGUUGCGACGCCUAAUCCUCCUGAUGUUGGACAAGAUGGAUUCGAGGCGGAGGUUAUUCAGGAAGAAUUUGAAUCGAAGGGGUUCGAGAGCAAAGGAGUUAAAUGGAGUACCUCGGAGGUGUCAUACUCCAAAACGGUAAUUCGGGGGUGA